AUGCCCGUCUCCCGUGAACCCACAGACCGCGACCCUCUGUCCGCCGCUCUCAGACCGCCCAUAGACGAGACCGAGGAGGAGAAGGCACACCGGCUAGCAGAUGAGGAGGCCGCUAAGCGCGUCAGUCUCGCCAUAGACGAAGCCAUUCGACUCGAGGACAAGCAGCGCAAGAAGCGAAAAAUUGUCAGGCUUCUCCUUCUCGGGCAAAGCGAAUCAGAAUUCCAGCGACUUUAUACCCCCAACGCGUUCCGGGAGGAGCGUGUCCUAUGGCGUGCGGUCAUCCAGUUGAACAUCGUGCGCUCAAUUCAUACUAUCCUGGACGCAUUGAGCGAUAUUCGGCGCCGGGACGUCUAUCCUUCUUCGAUAUACACGUCCGAGCCGGAUUCAGACUCGGAGUCUGAGCACCAAGUCUCGUUGCCCUACCACUUGGACGAUCUCCGACGGCGUCUCUACCCUCUUCGCCAUGUGGAGUCGCUUCUCAUCGCUAAACUGGUGCCCCCUAACGAGCACGAAGCCACCACCUUAGGCGUCGGUGGGAGCAAUAGUGUCAACGGCAACGUAUCAUAUUACGGCAGUGGCUACUCGCAGCCUUCGCACGCCUUCCACAAUCAAGAGGUCUUUGUGCGGCCUGGCGCGUCGUGGAAAUUACGAACAUCUGGCAGGCCACAAUCUGCGGGCACAACCGGCCAGGAAACGAUUGACGAAUCACAGACGGUACUACACCACUGUCGCGCGGAUAUCGGCACAUUGUGGGAGGAUCCUGUCACCCGACAGAUCCUACGACGCCGAAAGAUCAGACUAGAAGAAAGUCCUGGCUUCUAUCUCAACGACCUGGACCGCGUUACCUCCUUGUCAUAUUUCCCCUCUGAUGACGAUGUGCUCAGAGCGCGUUUGAAGACCGUGGGGGUAUCUGAGUACAGCUUCCACAUGGAGGCAGGCCCAGAGUCUGGCACGGAAUGGCGUAUCAUCGACGUGGGCGGAUCAAGGUCACAGGUCAGGACGCGGCCCACCUGGGUACCCUUCUUUGACGAUGCGAUCAUCUUCCUGGCGCCGAUCUCUGCAUUCGAUCAAACCCUGGUGGAGGACCGGAGUAUCAACCGGCUGGAGGACAGCGUACUCCUUUGGAAAGAGGUCUGCUCUAAUAAGCUCCUGGCCAAAGUCGACCUGGUCCUCUUCCUGAACAAAUGCGACAUCCUCACGUCCAAACUCCAGUCCGGGGUCCGGCUAGCGAAGUAUGUGCGUAGCUUUGCCGAUCGGCCGAACGAGCCGGAGGUCGUGGAGAAGUAUUUCAAGAGCAAAUUUAGUGCCAUUCACCGGGAACACUCCCCUAUUCCGCGCAAAUUCUACGGGUUUUGUACGUCUGUAACAGACACUACCACUACCGGAGGCAUCAUCGCCAGUGUGAAGGAUAUGGUCAUCCGAGAACACCUGCGCGCCUCAAAACUGCUUUGA